AUGUCUCUGCCUGGAAUUCCAGCUUGGAAGAGACUCGGACUGAAACUGAAAUAUGCGAACGAAAACUCGGAUUCGCCAACGAGCAAUGGUAUUGCUCCGCCAGCGCACCAAGCUGGUCAGGGCUCACUGAAGGAUACCCAGCCGUCCUCAUCAGAGCCUCCAAGGAAGAAGCAAAGGACGGUUCCCAAAUCCAGGGAGGCGAUCGAGUCACCAAUACGCAAUCUGAACUUGACGUCUGACACUGCCAAAGGCAGAGAGGAGCAGCCAGACAAGAAACUUAAGAAGCGUGUUUCAUUCUCUGCCGACGUAAAACCUUCUCCAUCCACAAGAAGUCUAUCACCUGUCCCGGAUGACUCCAAGGCGCAAAGGACCCCAGCGGAGAUGAAGAAAGCCAAAAAGGCUCGAUCAAAAGCAGCCCAGCCACUUGUGCCCAAGUCUAACGCUGUAUUGGAAUAUCUCGAUCAAUAUCACACGGCAAGGUCGAAAUGGAAAUUCAACAAGAACCGAGAGACGUGGAUGUUGAAACACAUUUUCUCAGAAAAUGAUAUCCCACGGGAAUUCAAUCUACCUCUCGGGAGGUACAUCUAUGGAUUGCAAGGUGCUGGAGCCCGUGACAGAUUGAAAACGCAGUGCAUGGCGUCAUUAGAGAAAGGAGAAGGUAAUCAAACCGGGAGCGACAGGAAUGGCAGCAUUGCAGGCGAAGAAGAGAAUGGUGAAUAUCUUCGACGAUUCAAGGACGAUUUGGCAAGUCCUCCAUCUUCGAAUUUCGCUGCUGCAGGGGACACCUCUGCAGACGCAGAAUACCAAUCCUGGAUUGAGAGACAACCACGCCCAAGGAUCUUACUCUGGGCACUUGGCUUUGACACUAACGCCCUAACCGCGACCAAUGGAACUACCGAGAAGGUCAAGAAGAGGAAGAACAGAACCGUGGUUGUCGACUAUGACAGCUCCAGCUCGAGUUCUAGCGACAGUGAUAGUGACAGUGGGAGUGAGAAUGAGAGCAAAAAGAGUGACGCGAAUUCUCAAAGCCACACCGGGAUAUCAAACGGGGCCGAGCCUGAAGAGGAGACCUCGAGCAGUGGCAGCGAUGAAGACAGCAGUGGUGAGAGCGACUCGAGUACCGAUGACGCCAGUGAGGUCUAA